UCGACUACUGCAAAUCGUAACUGCAGGUUUCAGAAGAGGGAGUAAAUUGCAAAGCAAAUAUGAAUAAGGAUUUCAUAGCUGAAGGACUUGACAAUGACAUGCAAGAAGAAGAAGAAGAAGGUGUUGGGGGUGAUCAUGGUUUCCCUGAUGAUGAAAAGAAGAAGAAAGGUUAUGGAAGGAGAGGAGCAGCUGGUGGCGGUGGUGGGGUGUCGCCGCCUGCUUGUCAAGUGGAAAAAUGUGGGCUUGACUUAUCUGAUGCCAAGCGAUACCACAGGCGCCAUAAGGUGUGUGAGAUUCAUGCCAAGGCGCCAUUUGUGGUUGUUGCUGGUCUGAGGCAACGCUUCUGUCAACAAUGCAGCAGAUUCCAUGAGCUACCGGAGUUCGAUGAAGCAAAACGGAGCUGUCGAAGGCGGUUGGCCGGGCAUAACGAAAGGCGUCGGAAGAGCUCAGCUGAAUCAUCAUCAGCAGCAGAAAGUUCAAGUCGCAGAGGGAUGAUGAUCAGUGCUCAACUGAAAGAGUCUCAUUACCUAGCUGAUGAUCAAAGAGCCAGAGUCAAUCCAAUGGCAAUCCAUGGCAGUUCAUCUUUUAAGCGUUCCCAAAUCAGAUAAGGAAGCUUAAGCGACCAAAACAAUACGCUCCCUCUCUUCUGUCAUCCGAUGGUUCAUGUCUUGCACUAUGUACUACUUACUAGAUUUUAAUGGAGGAUUUUAAUAACAAUGUCAGGCAUCAACUCGAUUAUCGAGAUUUCACAAAGUUUGUUUUCAUGCGAACUUGCCUUGCUGUAUAAUGAUGAUAAUAACCCUUUAUCUAUGGAGUCUUCAAUUGUAUUUGCA